UUAUUAUCAGAGUAACUCGUUUUGUUUUGCUCAUACCACACAAAUAGUAGAAGCAGAAGCAGAAACAAGUCUCAAUUGAAAUGGCAUCUUCAGUUAUGGCUUCUGUGAGCCUCAAACCUGUUCCUUUCACUGCUGAGAAAUCUUCAGUUAGAGGGCUUCCUUCCCUUUCAAGGAAUUCAUCUUCCUUCAAAGUUGUGGCCAGUGGUGGCAAGAAGAUUAAGACUGACAAACCUUAUGGAAUUAGUGGUGGCAUGAACUUGAGGGAUGGAGUUGAUGCAUCUGGAAGGAAAGGAAAGGGAAAGGGUGUUUACCAGUUUGUGGACAAAUAUGGUGCUAAUGUUGAUGGAUACAGUCCUAUCUACGACACCAAUGAUUGGUCUCCAACCGGUGAUGUCUACACUGGAGGUACCACUGGGUUGGCUAUCUGGGCUGUAACUCUACUUGGUCUUCUUGCUGGUGGUGUACUUCUUGUCUACAACACAAGUGCUUUGUCACAAUAGACUUUCAUAAGUUAUAACUUAUUCCAUGUAAUGUAACUAUCUAAAAAUGAAGGAAUUAUUCAAGUACUUGUUAUAUGGUUCCUUCAGUUCUAUUUGUUGUGUGGAUUUAAACAAUCUUUGUUGUUCGUAUAAACAUGCAUCUUCAUGGGUAUC